AUGGCAGCGGCGCCAGCGGUGGGCGCCCCGCAGGGACCCCCGCCGGGUGCACCGUCCCCACCGGCCGGCGCGAGAGGGCCGGCGUCCGGCCUGGGCCGCUGCCGGAUGGCGCUACUGCUGGCCGUGGCGCUGGACGUGGCGGGCAUGGCGGCGCUGCUGACCGGCGUGUUCGCGCAGCUGCAGGUGCGCGGCCGCGACUUCGGCGACCUGCUCAUCUACUCGGGCGCGCUGCUUGUCUUCCUGAGCCUGCUCGGCUGGAUCCUCUGGUACACCGGCAACAUCGAGAUCUCGCGCCAGGAGCUCGAGCGCGACUACGGCCUGCGGCCCUCGACUCUGGCCCGCCUGGCGCGCAAGCUCUCCCGCCGCUGGUCUGCGCCGGCCUCCUCCUCCGGCCCGCGCGCCGCGCCCGGCUCUCUAGGAACGCGCCGUGCCGCCCGCGCGCCCCCGCCGCCCGCUGCCGGCUCCCGCCGCGUGCGCCUGCAGCUCGCUACGCUCGAGGCCGGGCCCGGGGCGGCGGGCGCGGGCACCGAGUGAGCCCGAG